AACUUGUAGCUUUCCGAGCCCGGCAGCGCAGAGCCAGCAGCGAGAUGCCUGGUGUCACGGUGAAAGAUGUUAACCAGCAGCAGGAGUUUGUCAGGGCCCUGGCUGCUUUCCUCAAGAAGUCAGGAAAGCUGAAGGUCCACUGGUUCGAUACGGUCAAGCUGGCCAAGCACAAGGAGUUGGCCCCGUACAAUACGGGGGGCCGCAAUGGCAUCAUACCCAGCCACUUCAGCCGGGGCUCCAAGAGCAUGGUCAGGCGGGUGCUGCAGGCCCUGGAGGAGCUGAAAAUGGUGGAGAAGGAUCAGGACAGAGGUCACAAACUCACCCCCCCAGGGACAGAGAGAGCUGACAGAAUCACCAGCCAGGUGGCAGCUGCAAACAAGAAACAUGUAGUAAGGGAGCCUCAGGCCUGGGGCACCAUUAACCCAAAGUGA